GCAAAGUUCAGGGGGAAUCAGGUUUUGUUAUUUGUAUUGCCGAAUAAUUGCGGCGAGAUUAGAUUGUUUGGAAUCUCUGCGAGCGGACAACUAAUUUCGCCAUGCUCCGCCCGCCAGCCAGAUCAAUUUUUACGAGACUCUACAGCAGCAUGAAGGUGAAAGUGCCAGUGAAGCAAGGUGUUGUGGUGGGCCAACAGAAGAAGCUGGCCAGCGGGCUGGAGUACAACAGCUUCCUCGGUGUUCCCUAUGCAGAGCCACCAGUGGGAGAGCUUCGUUUCCUGAGUCCCCUUCCCCUGAAGCGCUUCGAGGAGCCCGAACUGGACUGCAGCAAGGAGCGGGAUGUGUCCCAUCAGCGUGAUCCCUUCACUUUGGAGGUGGCCGGUUCCGAGAACUGCCUGUUCCUCAAUGUCUACGCUCCCAAGAUCAAGAACCCGGGCACUCCACUACCCGUAAUGGUGUGGAUACAUGGCGGCGGCUUCUUCUUUGGCAACGGCAACAGUGAUUUCCACUUUCCCGGCAAGCUCUUGGAACAGGACGUCAUUGUGGUCACCCUGAAUUACCGACUGGGAGCCCUGGGAUUUCUCAGCCUGCCCGAGGAGGGGAUCCAUGGCAACAUGGGGCUCAAGGAUCAGCGCCUGGCCCUGCAGUGGGUUCAGGAGAACAUAGCCAGCUUCAAUGGUGAUCCCAAUAACGUGACCCUGUUCGGCGAGAGUGCUGGAGGGGCGUCAGUGCAUUUGCACACAUAUGCCCGGCACGCCAACCGCUUGUUCCACAAGGCCAUCAUGCAGAGCGGUACAGGCAACAUGGAGUGGGUGUUCCAGUACGAUCCGGCAUUUAAAACCCGCAAGCUGGCGGAGCUUCUUGGCGGCGGAGACUUUGGUGGAGACACUAAGGCGCUCCUGAAAUUCUUAAGGUCGGAGAAGGCCAGUCCCAUCGGCAUUUUGUCCAACACCAUGAAGGUUCUAACGGCCGACGAGCGGCGGCGUCACCUGCCCUUCGCCUUCAAGCCAGUUAUCGAGGACAGCAGCAGUCCGGACAGCUUCUUGGACCAAAACAUUCUCGAUCUGAUGCACCAAAAGGAGACUCUGGGUGGCAUGCCCACCAUUAUGGGCUACAACUCAGCCGAGGGACUGGCCAUGGUGGUGAAGGCCAAACAGAAACUGGAGGCCUACGGAGAUGAUCUGGCCAGGAUGGUGCCAAAGAAUCUGGUGCUGGAUCCUCAGGCCCCAGAGGCCCAGGAAGCUGCCUCCGACCUGCGGGCCUUCUUCUUCAAUGGUCAGGCCAUAACCAAGGAUAAUUUGGACAACCUGGUGGACCUGUUUACCGACUACCACUUUAACAUGGACCUCCAACACGCGGCAGAGAUCCAUGCCAGCUGCCAGACGCAGGCUCCCCUGUAUUUUUAUCGCCUAGAUUACGUGGGCGGCCGUAAUAUGUACAAGAAAAUCUUUCAGAACGAGGAUUUGCGGGGCGUUGCCCAUGCCGACGAUAUUUGCUACAUCUUCCAGAUGGCCGGAGACGAGACCGAGAUGAGGGAGGAUGACCUGCUGGUCACCGAGCGGUUGUGCAAGAUGUGGGCGAACUUUGCGCGUAAUGGAAAGCCCUCAGACAGCUGGCUGCCGGUGCAGAAACCGCACCCUGGCAAGCCCUUCCAGCUGGACUGCCUGCUCAUCGACCGGGAGCUGAAUAUGUGCGUCAAUCCGGAUGGCGAGCGGAUGGACUUCUGGCGCAGCAUGUACAGGAGGUACAGGAGCAAGUGCUAUGAGGCUCUGAGAGCGAAGCUUUAAUAAGUCGACGAUAUUGAAGAACCCCUUAAAAUACUUUUAACUGAUAUGUGUACUCAAAACUGAGGUUUUAAAAAAAUACUAAUUAAAAUCGUUUAAUUUCCAAA